UGACAAAUAGUCGUUGCCAGUCCUUUGCUUACCCAUCACCGGUACGAGCCCAUGACUGCCUCAAGCAGGUACCCAGAGCCCACAGCUUCGCCAGCUAGCACAUUUUCGACUCCCACAGCUUAUGCUUGUGGGACUCGCAGGUUGUGCAAACGCAAGCACGAGGGGAUCAGAGGCGACAAGAGGGAUCACAUCAUGCGGCGCCCAAUCUACACUGCCAACCUCUGGGUUGUACACGCUGAACGGCCGUGAGGCAGGACGAUAAUAGAAACGUGGUCGGUGGUACGGCGUCUGCAGGCGACCGUCAAGUGAUGGAGUGGAUGCUGCCACAAGCAACAAAGGAAUGAGCAUAUCCGAACCUCUUGAUGUCUUUCUGAUCGGGUUCCAAUGCUGUUUGGUCGGUUUCUUGAUAGAGUGAGAAUAUCACCUAUAUGUUGUGACGCCGGCAGACUGGUCUCGCGGCCUUAGCGACGAAGAUCGACUGGGUGCUUUGGCGGAUGCUAUUGCUCACGUCAGUUCGAGACGAUUUGAACAACCGAGCAUGACUGUUCAGGAAGCCCUUGAAAGUCACGACGUGUAGCUCGUAAGGUGCUGUAUACUACUUGGGUAAGGUUAGGAGGCCUAAUCGAGUCAUGAAGCCGAGUGAGAGCUUUGACCUGAUUAAUACCCGAGGUAGGUAUCUCUAUCAUCCGGUCAAAGAGGCUAAGCGGCCAAUUGUUGUUUUCAGACUGACCAGGCAUUGCCCCUUGUGGCACUCAAGCCAGGAGAUUGAGAGACAAGGCUCGCUCAAUCGACAUUAAAUAAGGGUAGUUGUCAUGGACAUACUACAACGAAUCAGCUCUUCUUAUCAUUGACCAGCCUACGAGAUAGCUGAGCAGUGGGGUUAUCGGAAACGAGCUCCACCAGCUUGAUUGCGAUUAGGUCGGGCCGUCUCGUUGGUGGUUUGAUGGAUCCAACGUGGGAGUAGUGGUGUUUGGCAUUCAGCUACCCAAGGUAUUCUAGGCCAGUAUGGACGUGUCUGGCCAUGGGAGAAGCAAUGCUCGCCAUUGUAUCCUCCCGUUGACAUGACUAGGUUCCUCGGUGUGGGUUGUGCAUCUGCAUGUGUUUCUUGAUCCCCUAAAAUGCUUUUUUUCCCGUUGAACCCCAAGUUUACCCAUGUCUCGCUUGGCUUUCUUGGAGGGGGUGGUUUCUCGUCCUUUUGGAAUCUUGGAUAUCGUGCAUGUGGGGAAAUGGCCGGUGAUUUUUUCUCUUUUCAGCUCCACCCACUUGUUCUCGAUUUCUCCAAUAGUGUGACACUCCCUCCAAACAGAACUCUUCUGGCUUGCCUUAUCUUCAGCCCUUGCUACAUUUGGUUGCAUCGGCGAUAUUUUUCUGCGGGGGGCGUGCCGAGGAAUAAGACGACCCUUGGCAUUUUGGGGGAAACGGCUCCAGAUUUUUUUUAACUUUUUUUUUCUCGCCAUGUCGGUUGUGCGCACAAAACCAUGGAUGGCCCCCUCUCACCUUGCCUCCAUGCCCGCCCGUCCGAGUGGUAACCCAUCUUUGUCUUUGGACAUUGUCCUGGCGGUCGUUGUUGUUGCAAGUUACCUAUACAAGUGAAUAACUUGGGCUUCUCUUUCUUUAGGUCAAAAGUCAAUGCCUGGCUGUUGAUGCUAGUUUGCUCGCAUCCUCAUAGCCAGUCAUCUGUUCUGGUUGUUGCGGGCCGUUCCUCGUCGGAGCUUCCCCUUUGGUCUGCACGUCAACUGCAAACUGCACCUCAGCAGCAUCAGACGGCCAGCACAUCUGACAAGUGUCGCGUAACUACGAACCUAGUCUUUUUGUCCUCUGCGACAUUCCCGGAGCACCAGACUUAUAAUUAAGCCAGCAAACGUCAACCACCAUGGGCUGGGUGCAGAAAAUCGACCACGCCAUCGGCAGAUCCGUCGUUGGACGUUGGUUCCAGCUCGAUGGCUCUGGCCACCACAAGGAGCGCAAGGGCUCCAACUUUUCAACAGAGAUCCGCGCUGGGCUGGCAACCUUUUUUGCCAUGUCAUAUAUCAUCGCCGUCAACGCCAGCAUCGUCUCUGACACGGGCGGCACGUGUACCUGCGACCGGUCGGCCGACCCUUCCUGCGUCUCGGGCGAGGCCUAUGCCCUCUGCAAGAGCGAAAUUCGACGUGAUAUGAUCACCGCUACGGCUGCUAUUUCGGCUCUAGGUAGCUUCUUUAUGGGUCUCUUGGCUAACAUGCCUGUUGGAAUCGCGCCUGGCAUGGGCAUGAACGCUUAUUUUGCUUACACCGUCGUCGGUGUCAACGGCACUGGCUUGGUUCCGUACCAGGUCGCCGUCACGGCCAUCUUUGUCGAGGGCUUCAUCUUCUUCGGUCUGGCCCUCCUGGGCAUGCGCCAGUGGCUCGCACGUGCAAUCCCUCGAUCCAUCAAGCUCGCCACCAGUGUCGGUAUUGGUCUCUUCCUCACCCUAAUCGGCCUGACUUACAGCCAGGGUAUUGGCUUGAUCGUCGGUGCCGUAUCCACGCCACUCGAGCUGGCCGGCUGCGCGUCCGCGGAUCGCAUUGUACAAGACGGAGAUGCGCUGGGAUGUCCCGGUAGUCACAAGAUGCGCAACCCGGCCAUGUGGGUCGCCAUCUUCUGCGGCGGCGUCUUCACCGUCAUUCUCAUGAUGUACCGCGUCAAAGGAGCCAUUAUUGCUGGAAUCCUGCUCGUUUCAAUCAUAUCGUGGCCCCGCGGUACCGAGUUGACCUAUUUCCCCUACACGGCCGUAGGCGACGACAGCUUCGACUUUUUCCGCCGCGUCGUCGACUUCCAUCCCAUCUCGCGCACCCUUGCCGUCCAAGAAUGGAGCCUUGGAAGCUACGGCGGUCAAUUCGGCCUCGCGCUCAUCACGUUCCUCUACGUCGACAUCCUCGACUGCACCGGAACCCUGUACGCCAUGGCCAAGCAUGCCGACCUCAUGGACCCCGUGACGCAGGACUUUGAGGGAUCUACCGUCGCAUACAUGGUCGACAGCAUUGCCAUCUCCAUUGGCGCCCUUUUCGGCACUCCUCCGGUGACUGCCUUUGUCGAGUCUGGUGCUGGUAUUUCCGAGGGAGGCAAGACGGGACUAACAGCCAUGACAACCGGUUUUUGCUUCUUCAUCAGCAUCUUUUUCGCGCCGAUCUUCGCCUCCAUCCCAGCCUGGGCCACGGGCUGCGUUCUCAUCCUGGUCGGGUCCAUGAUGGUCCGCAACGUGACCGAGAUCAACUGGAACUACAUGGGAGACGCGGUGCCGGCCUUUGUCACCAUCGCCCUCAUGCCCUUCACCUACUCCAUCGCCGACGGUCUGAUCGCCGGCAUCUGCCUGUACAUCCUCAUCAACACGCUCGUCUGGGCCAUCGAGAAGGCGUCGGGCGGAAGGCUGGUACCCCACAACAAGGAGUCCAAGGACCCCUGGACCUGGCGCAUUCCUGGCGGAGUGGUGCCCCAGUGGAUGGUUCGACUGUCGAGGGGCAAGAAGGACUUUUGGCGUGCCGACAGGACCGUCCAGGGUGAAGGCGCAAGCGAUGGAGAUGAGCCUCGCCCGGGGCCCGGUGCUGUGGCGCUGAUUCGCGACGACGCUGACCACCCCAUGGGCGAGAAGCGCGUGUCCAACGGCGACUCGCCCGAGAGGAGGGGUUCGUCGGAUGUCGUGGCGACGGCGACUCCGCCGGUCGAGACGUCGGGUGACAAGAAAUUGAUGUGAUGUAUUUUUGGGGAUGAAUGUAUAUACGAUUGUGUUUUGAGUAUCAAAAACUUCAAGACUGUUUGGGAUAGAAUUAAUUAUCAGCACAAAAAGUUGAGGCAAAGCAUGAC